AUGGCUUCUCCUCAUAGAUCGAAAUUAAAAAUGCCUCGAGUUAAACGAGCACAAUCUUCAACCACUCUCCAAUUUGCGCCUCCAAAUUGGUUAACUAACCUUUUUGAACAAAGUUCAAGUAGUUUUGCGUUUUCUCGAGAUUUAUCCGAUGGGAAUUUGAAACAAUCAUUUUCUCGUAUUUUAAUUUCUAUUUCAAAUGUACCUUACCUUUCUUCCAAAUUACUGUUCAUAUUUUUAUGUGCUGGUUUGGGUGCAACUUUGCCGUAUCUUCCUAUUUUUUAUGAUUCCUUAAAGUUGAGCCCCUCAGAGAUUGGUAUUGUUUUCUCUGUGGCCCCAUUUAUUUCCGCUCUAAGUUGUCCUCUUUGGACAGGCCUGGCUGAUCGAUUUCAAGCACAUAGAUCAAUUAUUGUUACAAUUUAUACAUUGGCCACAGUUGGAGUUCUCUCGCAAGUACUUUUGCCUAGACCAGUUAUCACAACAAAUAAUGAUAAUUUGCACGCUUUUUUAGUCGUAUGCGUUUUUAUUGUCGCACUAUGGUUUGCUUUCUUCGGGUUUCCUGUUAAUGCUUUGGUUGAUAGUGGUGUAUUGAAGAUUUUGGGUGAUAAAAAAGAGCUUUAUGGACAACAAAGAUAUUGGGGAUCCAUUGCAUAUGGUUUCAGCACUUUUUGUGUUGGUAUUCUCUUGGAAAAAUUCGAUAACGUAAAUGUUAUCUUUUAUUACUUUUUUGUCACUGCUAUUUCUUUUCUCAUCGUCGUCAUUACUACCGAUUUCAAUCCAACUUCUGAAGAAAUUGAAAUAAUACCGACACGUCUUAAAAAUAAAUCUUUUAAACCUUUAAUUGAUCUCGAUGAUGAUAAUAAUGUCGCUACAAGUUCAAUAGGAGACAUUAAUAAACUUACUCAUGAUAAUUCAUCUGCAAUUGAUAUUUCUUCGAAUAUUGAAGAGUCCGAUGGUGAAGAUUCUUCUGCAGAUGAGGAUGAUGAUGACGGAAUUCCAGUACCUGAUUUAGACAUUUUGGCCUUUCCUCCUACUACACCUAAUAUACCAACUUCUUCACUUUCUGAUAAUCCUUCCUCAGCAAUGAAGACUUUAUUUACAAACCCAUCUGUUGUAACUUUAUUAUCUGUUAUGUUAUUAAUGGGGAUUGCACUUUCUAUGAGUAAUGCAUUCUUAUUCUUGUUCCUUAAAAAUGAUUUGAAAGCGAGUUCAACUAUCCUUGGAUUAACAGGGCCAGUUAGUGCUAUAACAGAAUUAUUAUUCUUUUUCUAUUCCAAAGAGUUAAUUUCACAAUUUGGAAUAAGUUCAUUGAUAUUACUCGCUCAUGUCGUAACAAUUGUACGUUGCAUAACGUACAUGUUUUUGCAACCUAAUUUCUUCUCUCACGUUGUUGCGCUCAUUGUGCAAUUAUUAAAUGGAAUUGGAUUUUCAUCAUUAUGGGUUAGUGGAGUGACUCAUAUCGCAAAUCAUGCACCACCAAAUCUUGUAUCAUUUUCACAAGGAAUUAUGACAGCAUUUUAUGCUGGUAUUGGUACAGGAUUUGGUAGUUUAAUUGGUGGAUUAUUGUUUGGUAGUUCAGGAGGACCAAGAUUAAUGUUUGGAGUUGUUAUCACAAUAAGCAUAAUAAGUAUGCUGUUAUAUUCAUGGGGAGAAAAUGGAUUUAAAUUUUUCAAUGGAUUUAAUAAAAGAAGUAAAAAUCAUUUUAGAUCACCAUGGCAAGGUAUUCAUCAUGGUCAAACCACUAUUGAAAGAACAAGAAGUAUUCUUUCCGUUGAAACUAUACCAAGAUCUGCUAAUUCUAAAAAGGUAGAAAGUAGUUAA